AUGUCGGCGUUUACUCGAGCGAAUGUCGUGCGUAGCGCUGGUGACGCCAUGUCGCGCGCAGGGGCUCGUGGCUGGGGCUGGUACCACCGCUCGCUGGCCAAGAUGAACUCACCUGAGGCAGCUGCUGUGGCGUACGAUGCGGUGGCGCCCACGCCAGCCCAGCCGCGCCCUCGUGCUUAUCUGGACUUGAGUAUUGGUGGAGCCAAGACGGAGCGCAUCGUUGUGGAGCUGGCCAAGGACAUUGUGCCCCGCACGGCCUCGAACUUUAUCAAGAUGUGCACGAGCGGGUUCCAGUCGCAGGCAUUUGGCUCGGGCUCGUACAAGAACUCCAAGUUCCACAAUGUGACCAAAGGGGUGUACUGCGUGGGCGGCGACGUGCUCGCUGGAAAAGGCACGGGCGGCCACGCAGCACUGGAGGAGAACCAGCGGUACUUUGACGAUGAGAAUUACGCACUGCAGUUCUCCGAGAAAGGGGUGCUGGGCAUGGCCAACGCGGGUCUGAACAAGAACGCGUCGCAGUUUUUCAUCUCGCUCAAGCCGCUGCCGCACUUGAACGGGCGCAACGUCGCGUUCGGCAAGAUCGUCGAGGGGGAAGAGGUGCUCAAGAGUAUCGAAGGGGUCUAUUGUGUGCAACACAAGCCAUUGACGGAUAUCCGAAUCGUCGAUUGCGGCGUGCUGUAA